CGAGUGCGAAGCCUCGAACGAAUGCCAGGGCUGCCAAUCAACGUCCACUGCACUAUCCCAUGUGCUUAGCCACACCAGCAACAACUUCCGAGUGCGAGGAUAGACACGCGCGUCUCGAAACGGGCGGUGCGCGCAUCCGUCCAAUAGAAUAGACAACUCAAUAAUCAAGCGUGCUGGGGUCUACCGGCCAUAAAAGCCGCCAUUCUUGCCACGGCCUGCCAGCCCGUGCUUCUCAAUGCUCGUCAGACUGCCCUCCUCACAUCUACUUCUAACCGGCUUCUUUGUGAUCUUCCCUAGAACGAUAUUAUUUGUGCAUUCUCUCAAACCUUCGUCACGCUGCCGCUGCAAUGUGCCCAAGGUCUUGUCGUCGUCGGCAACAGAUGGCCAGCCGGCCAUUCGGCCCUCGUUGUCACCGUAAACGACGGCACGACGCCAUCCUCGAUGCAGAGCCCUCCCAGCAGCAGCAGCAGCAGCAGCAGCAGCAAGCGUUUUCUCCGGUGUAUACCGGAUUAGUGAGCAGACUUGUUACCGCCGCCACGGCAGCGACACCGGCGGUGUCCCCAGCUUCCCGGACCGUCAGCGAACAACACCACUCGCUUGGACCUCCUCCGGCUUACACACCCAGCAGCGGGGGUAUUCUUACACCCCCCACGCCAUACGGAAAGGACGACAGGGGCCCUGGGUCGUCGCUUGGAGGCUCAAACUAUCACCAAUAUGCCGACUCGGACGAUAAGAAAUGGUUGGCAGCGCAGGAAGAGAGGCAAGGCGAGGAUGGUAUUCCGCCGAAGCGAAAGUCUGCACUCAGCCAUUUCGCGCAUCUAUUCAGCUCCUCGACGGGGGACCGCAAGGGAGACAUGGGCAAAAAUGCAACUGUCUGAGCGUACCAAAUUGUAUUUCUGGAAUCGUCAGCGAAAUGGUGACGGCAAUGGGGACGUUGCUCAGGCUGGUCAGUGUAGGGGUAGCAAAGCCACGUGGUGUGCAAUGUAACUUGACCACAUCCUUCAUCAAUCUUUGGUAUCUCCACUUCAGGCCGAGUUCGGCCAUUGUUUCCAGCCAAUAAUGACUUUAGGGGACAGACAGAAGAUGACGCGGAUUCCUGGACAAAGGGGUGAUGCGUGAAAGAAAUUACAAGUGAUAUGUUUGGCAUCAAGCCCGAAGCAGGUUGGGCCUGUAUAUAACGGCGAUAGCAUCUCUGUUCGAAGGCAGAACUCUACAUCCUCCAAACGC